GGCAAGGAAGCUUCAGGUGUAUAGGUGGGGUGCGUGUGAAGAGAGUACAGUGCUGUGUUGUCUCUCUCUCUCUCUCUCUCUCCUCUUUCUCUUCUCUAAACCGCUUUUUCUUUUGGGCUGUUACACUUUCCUCAACCGCUUAAAAAGCCUCUUGAUUGUCUACACUUCAACCGGACAGGAGCCACACAGCCUCUCCUUCUCUCUCUCUCUCUCUCUCUAGCAAGGUUACCCUUCUCUCUUGCCAUUUUUCCUCGCAAAGGAUUGAGCUUUACGAGUCUCUGGCUUUUCUUGGCCUCAAGAAAACAGUUUUGGAGUUUCUUUUUAGCUUCUGGGAUUCGCCUUUUUCCUUCGGUUUCCGACCUUUGGGGCGGAGUGAGGAUUGUCCUGUUCGUCUCAAAGUCGGAAUUGCUCUGGUUCUUGGAUUUGAAAGAAAGAAUAUUCUUCUCUAAGAUCCGGAGGCGAAGAAGGAUAUUUGUAUGGUUGAGCUUGCCCUCGAUCGCUUCAUGAUUUCAGUCAUGGAUUCAAGAAAAGAAUCGCUGAAGAGGAACCCACAAAAGUGCUUGGACUCUCAACUAUGGCACGCCUGUGCCGGUGGCAUGGUUCAAAUGCCACCGGUGAACUCGAAGGUCUUUUACUUCCCUCAAGGCCAUGCCGAGCACGCGCAAGGGACCGUCGAUUUCGGGACCUCCCAAAUCCCCCCUCUCAUUCUUUGCAGGCUUGCCGCCAUAAAGUACAUGGCCGAUCCUGAAAAUGACGAGGUUUACGCCAAAAUAACCCUUAUGCCCAUGAGAAGCGACGAGUAUCAUCACCUAGAUGAUGAUGGUUCUCUAGGAAAAGAUGGGACGGAGAACUUAGAAAAGGUGGCGUCUUUUGCUAAGACGUUAACGCAGUCGGACGCGAAUAACGGCGGGGGGUUCUCUGUACCGCGGUAUUGUGCAGAGACGAUAUUCCCUCGCUUGGAUUACUCGGCUGAACCUCCAGUUCAGACGAUAGUGGCCAAGGAUGUGCACGGAGAGAGCUGGAAAUUCCGGCACAUAUACAGAGGAACCCCACGUCGCCAUCUUUUGACCACGGGUUGGGGGAAUUUCGUGAACCAGAAGAAGCUCGUAGCUGGUGAUUCAAUUGUGUUCCUGAGAGCAGAGAACGGGGAUCUCUGUGUCGGGAUACGCCGCGCGAAGCGGGGGAUCGGCAUAGGUGGGAAUGACAAUGCUUGUGGAUGGAACUCUGCAUCUGGGAAUUUCGGAGGAUACUCGAUGUUCGCAAGGGAAGAGGGGAGUAAUUUGAUGCAGAAAGGUUGUGGUGGGGAAUUCAGGAGGAAAGUGACAGGAGAAUCUGUAUUGCAGGCAGCGACUCUGGCAGCGAAAGGACAGCCAUUUGAGGUGGUGUAUUAUCCUCGCGCUGGUACUCCAGAGUUUUUCGUGAGGGCGUCCUCUGUUAGCACAGCAAUGCAGGUCCAGUGGUGCUCAGGAAUGAGGUUCAAGAUGCCGUUUGAGACAGAGGACGCUUCUCGAAUUAGCUGGUUCAUGGGGACUAUAUCAUCUGUACAGGUCGCUGACCCGAUUCAUUGGCCUAGUUCUCCAUGGCGAAUUCUACAGGUUUCUUGGGAUGAACCAGAUCUACUCCAAAAUGUGAAGAGUGUCAGUCCAUGGCUAGUAGAGUUGGUGUCGAACAUGCCCUCUAUCCAUCUCUCACAUUUUUCACCCCCGAGAAAGAAGUUAAGGACACCGCCAAACUUUCCCAUACUCGACCAGAUUCCGGUCCCGCCCUUUCCAAGCAACCCCCUUGGACCAAACAGCCCUUUACGUUUUAUCCCGGAUAACAUUCCCGCAGGCAUACAGGGAGCCAGGCAUGCUCAAUUCCUAAGAUCUUCAUCGGACCUCCGUCUUAAUCAACUGCACUCGGGUUUGUUUCCGGUGGGGUCCCACCCCCUGAAUCACACUUCAGUAUCUACCAGAUUUUCACGUGGCGCCUUCUUUGGUGCGCCGGAGGAUAACAACAAUAGCAUUUCGUGCUUGCUAAGGAUGGGAACUUCGGAAAACUCCUCAAAGGAGAAUUUCGAAAAGAAGUCACCCCACAUUUUACUCUUUGGUCAACUGAUUCUCGUCGAUCAGCAGAACUCUGAGAGUAGCUCUGGGGACACAACUGGAAGAUGUUCAUCAGAGGGGAAUCAGGAGAGGAUGUCGAAUUCCUCUGAGGGGUCCCGCAACAACGUGUUGUAUUACAAUGGCACGGUGGAGAGCUCUUCUGAUGAUGGAUUCACCGGCAUUAGACGAGACCGGGCAUCUGACCUCGACUUGGGGACUGGUCACUGCAAGGUGUUCAUGGAGUCGGAAAAUGUGGGUCGAACUCUAGACCUGUCGGUCCUUGGUUCAUAUGAUGAGCUGUAUAGAAAUCUCAGGGACAUGUUCGGCAUAAACGGCUCAGAGAGGCUCAGUAAAGUCCUCUACUCAGAUGCUGCCGGUGCUAUUAAGAAUGCUGGUGAUGAACCCUUCAGUGACUUCCUGAAGACAGCAAAGAGACUAACAAUUCCGGCGGGUUAUGCUAUGAAGAUUUAGAGAGAUAGCUUAUGACGAGCCACUAAAUGUACAGAUGAAUUUUGAGAUUGUUCUCUUCAUCUUCUUCUGCUUUUGGAUAUGUGUGAAAGACCCACAUAAUCCGUCUUUUACUUUGGAUAUUAUUAGAGAAGUAAUUAAUGCAGCUUUAUUUAGUAAGUUGUUCAAUUAGAAUUAUCAAUGGCUUCCUGGCGCC